CCGUUGCCGUUGAUUCGGCAUUACCCGAGCGUCCAACAACUCCGUUGAAGAAAAGGAGGAAGAGCGCUAACGUCCUCCGUCGCUGAUGAUGCAAAUUGCUGCCGCUGAAAUGCACUCUGAUCGGCGCUGAGUGCGCGCUGAAUUUGGAGGGCUCGCUGAAUGCUCGCUGCAUGUACUAGGAGACACCGCAACGAGAAAGAACGGGAAAGACAAGUCGAGGGAGGGACUCCUGGCAGCUAGCAGAACACUCCCAGGCUGAUAAUAGAAGGAAGGAUCACGCAGUCUGUGAUACGAGUCUGGAGAGGCACGUGUGUCACCUCUCUCUCUCUCCGUCCCUCCUUUUUCUCUCUCCUCUUCUUUCUUUGGUUUGUUCAGUUACAUGUGCAAUCUGGCCCGUAGGAACAAUUUUGUGGAAGCUAAAAACGUCAACACGCACCCUUCUGUAUUCUUUUCCUCUACUUGUGCUUCGAUGGGAUUAUGCUCUCGGCAUCCGAUGUCCGGUUGCUGCGCUGGAUAAUUGAUCAGGCAAUGAGAUUGGGAACGGGAAUGAGCUGAAACGAUGGAGGGCCACCUUCAGGAUAAUGAAAAUCAACGGCAUUCUAUAUAAGAGGCUGGACCUGGAAUAAUAACUUGGGCUAGGUGCCGGCCUUGUAGAAAGGACUCGAGACAACAAACCGUAAGUCAAGAGCCUGCAGCGGUACCAAUUGGAAUGACAAGGGUGGUUUAGCAAGACCUCGAACAUACAGACCACAGCACAGCAAGUGGAGCAGGAUCUGGAACAAGUUCCAUUGGCGCGAGCGCGGGCAGGGAACAAACGGAUGACUAUUGGGCUAAGUGCUCGCAGCUCGCUGACACCUGCAGCACACUGCAGUUGAGUUUACGUGAAUGGAUGGCAAUUGUGCCGAGCCUAGACCUGGAAGACGGCCGGUGUGUUGGUGUGGCUCCUGGAACGGUGGCAGUUAUGUUCUGAGCGGUAAUGCUGGAACAAACGACUGUUGGGUUGAGCCCCUGAACGUGGACUUAGAGAACCAUUUGGUUAGGCCCAUUGCACCUUGAACAGAUGGUGUUGGAGCUAAUGCCUGUGUUUGCAAUUGGGAUGAACCAAUGUAGCUGGAAUGGGUAACGACCAUUGAGUUCACAGGGUAGCAGAAGAUGACAUCUGGAACGGCAGUCAACAGCUGGUAUUGAAAUCGGUAGCUGGAAUAAGGGACUACCGGUAGUCGGUUGAGUUUUGAGGUGCUGCAUGGUUAGAAGACUGGAGAUUAACAGGUGGACAGCGAGCAACAGUGUUCUUGAGCUUACAUUUGGGAAGAAGAGCGAGUGAAAGGAUGUGAAGGAGGUGAUUCUCUCUCUGUGCACAACAGGCAGAAGAAUAGGCAGAAUUGAAAAGUGAGAGAAAACCUGGAAGGAGGUAGUUUUGUGAACCAGAGUCUUGGGGGUCAUCCGUGUGUGUGUGUGUGUGUGUCUGUGUGUGUGUGUGUGUGUGAGGCGAGGGGGAAGGACAAGGCCAUCUGCCUGAACUUCUCUGCGUUGCCCCCCCUGAAGAGUAUAUUUGUCUAAAGGAUAUAUAUCUAUAUACACACACACUAAGUCACUUUUGGGCAUGCAGUGAAGUGACGGCAUCUGAAGGGGAGGCAUUUUACUGCGACCAUGGCAGAACACUUGGCUUCUAUAUUUGGAACAGAGAAGGAUCGGGUGAACUGUCCCUUUUACUUCAAAAUUGGGGCGUGCCGCCAUGGCGAUCGUUGCUCCCGCCUUCAUAAUCGGCCUAACGCAAGUCAAACACUUCUGUUUGCCAACAUGUACCAAAGCCCCGAUGCCAAUAUUCAGACAGGGAUGGACCAGCAGGGGAACGUCCAGCAAGUGGAUCCAAAAGCAGUACAGGAACACUUUGAGGACUUUUAUGAGGACAUAUUUGAGGAGCUCGCUAAGUAUGGUGAACUUGAAUGCCUUCACGUGUGCGACAAUCUUGCAGAUCACAUGAUUGGGAAUGUGUACGUCAAGUUCAAUGAGGAGGAGCAGGCGGCUGCCGCUCUCCGAGGGCUACAAGGACGCUUCUAUGCAGGGCGUCCUAUUAUUGUUGACUUCUCUCCCGUGACGGACUUCCGGGAAGCCACGUGUAGACAGUACGAGGAGAAUAACUGCAACCGUGGUGGUUAUUGCAAUUUUAUGCACCUGAAGAGAGUUGGAAGGGACAUGAGGAGGCGGCUGUUUGGACGGUUCAAAAGGCCACGUAGCCGUAGCCGAAGCCGAAGCGGCAGCCCUUACGCGAGGGGUGGACAGGAUAGGGGCAGCAGUCCUCGCCGCAGGUACUAUGACAAACCGUACCCCGAUGAGCGCCGAGGUUACAGGGAGCGAGGUGGCGGUGGUGGUGGGCGAGGGCGGGGAAGAGGGCGCUUUUUCAACCACAAUAACAGGUUCGGAGAUGAUCGUAGGUGGAGACGACGAGAGCACAGCCGAAGUUGCUCGCCGGAUACGAGGCAAAGGGGUGGACGGGAAAGGAGUGCAGGACGGGAGGGUAGUGUAGAACGGAGGGCGAAGAUUGAACAAUGGAACAGGGAAAGGGAGCAACAAACCAACGCCCCUGCUUCGUUCGACAAUUCUCAGAAUAGAAAUUCCGUACGGCCAACGUGACAUGGGACGGGCGCUGUGGAGAAAGACGUGUGUAGACGCACAGGAGCCAUUGCCAAUUUUUUACGUCGCUCCCAUCCUCGGAUUUUGUGCUGAGUGGAUUGCCGUUAGUUCCUGUACACAAUCAUUACCCGUCUUGCAACAUAGGCUCCAAAUGUGUUCGGCCGUUCUUCCUUUCAAAUCCUCUUUGGUUUUAUCGGUGUCCCCAGAUCAUGGGUCAAGCAACAUUUGUUGGAAUCGAAUGACCUGGUUUCAUGGUUAAGGCGAUGAGCAUAGCAGCAUUGCAUGGAAUAGCAUGUUCGGCGCAAAUGACUGUGCAGGCCUCGAGAUUAUCAAGUGUUGUGCCCUUGUUACGUUGAAGCAAAAGCGUCUUGUGAGUUUGUCUGAAAGCUCAUCUGCCAGCUUCAUCUUGUAUCAUCUUGCUCUGCUUCAAGCUUUUCUCUAUGAUUGCAUCAUCCUGUGUCACGUAUGGCAUUCAGUGUUGGCAGACCUGUCUGUCGCAUGUCAGCACGGUCUCAUUAGCAGUGGUGAUUCGGGUGUGGCCUGAGAGACUCAUAGCGUUAGGUGGGCUCCGGGCUUUGAAUUUAUGUUGUCGGACUGUCGAAACCCAUCUGAAAUGUCUAGCCUGCCGCAGUGCAGCUCUCCUUUUUCAGGGUCGAAUCUAACAUAUUUGUUGAGGCUGCCGUGAACCAUCAGUGGAAUCCAUCACUUUUCUGGUCCAUGCAUGGGACGGAGAUUUGUGAUGUGGGAGAAUGGAAGUGUGAUUUUGCCGAGAGAUCUCUACAGGUAUUUCACACUCCACGACAAAGGCAGGGAAGUUGCACCAACCUUACAACAGGCCGGCAUUUGUGAGCUUCGAUGUUGUUGGUGUUUAGCAUCCUGUGAUAGCGCAAGCAUGCAUGCAGGUUGUACAUCCUUUUUUGGCUUUUACAAUGCAUUUCGGGAAGGUCUGUCCUGAGGGUUGAACCGACUUGCAGGUUGUACAUCCUUUUUUGGCUUUUACAAUGCAUUUCGGGAAGGUCUGUCCUGAGGGUUGAACCGACUUCUGGUUUACUUGUAGUUGUGGAUGGAGUUUCUUAAGUGCAGGGGUCCUAUAGAGGUUCUAUUCAAGUAUAGCUUAAAAUUGAUUGCAUAGCAGCGUGCCCUUCGAGUCCAAGGGUGACUGACGAUUAACGGACUUGUAUUGUAGGGGGAGGAUAGUUGUGGAUGGAUUUUCAAUAUUGAGGGGUUCCUAUUGAGCUUGUAUUCAGGUAUUGCUCGAGAUUGAUUGCAUAGCAUCAUGCAGUAUGAAGAGGUGAAGAAGAUUGAACAGAGGUUUUUCAGGUAUCAGACUUGGACACUGCACUCGUUUGUGGUCUUCAGUGCGCGCUUUAACUCCAGCUCCCGGGUUCCCGUUCCCGUGUGUGUGUGUGUGUGCGCGUGUGUGUGUGCACGUGGGUUUGUGCGUGUGCACGAUUGUUCUGUCGUGUUGCAAACUCUUUUUUGUAGUCGAACUCUACAAUUAUGACCUUUCCUAAUGGAUUCAGCCUGCAGAAUCUUUUUUAAGAGUGAUUUUGGCGGACCCUAGGCGCAAAUCUGUUGGAUUCUUCUUUUUUCUCCUUGUCUUGCAUAAGGGCGUAGCGUCUGACCUAAUUGUAUCCAUCUCAUUCCAUGAGGACUCGUACUCGUGACCUGUUUAUUAAGAGUUACAGUUUGUAUAUCUUUUCCAGAUGGGCUUGGGAAUAUAUGCAAUUUUUGUUCUUUAUCUGCACCGCGGUUUCUUGGUGUUUGUCAGUUCUUUGCGGCCAGACAUCAUGCGGUGUCAUAUAUGCUGUUGCAGUCUCCUGGUUUGUUUCAGGAACGAGCAACAGUUUAUCAUGGAUUCAUGAAGAUGCAGUGGUUGACCCCAACCGGAUUCUCCAUUCCCGCGAUGGAAAAAACAAUAAAUCAGCAUUCACCAC